AUGUCAAUUUCAGAACACAUCAACUCGGCCUUCUUUCAGCAAGACGACAACAUUCAAAAAGCUAUGAUCAAAACUGAUUUGUACCGUGAAUCAACGGUGACUUGCUACACACUAGAAAAUUGUCUCACUCCCACUGAAUGUCAAGAAAUUAUUCGUGUCAUGAACGUCAUGGGCUUUGACAUUAAAUUUUCGGGCAAUAGAUUGUGUUGUAGAAAUGUGUUUAAUGAUGAAACGUUUGCCAAUUUAUUAUUUGAACGAGUUAAAACUUUUUUGCCACAAACACACAAAUACAUGGGAAUUGAUCGUCAUCUCUAUGGAUUAAAUCCUCAAUUCCGUGCCAUUAAAUACAAGGAAAUGAAAUCUGGACAUAAAUUUGGUCGUCACAUUGAUUUUUCCAAUAGCGAUGGAUUUGGACGAAAGAGUUUUUAUACAUUCAUGAUAUACUUGAACGAUGAUUUUGAGGGAGGUGAAACUUUAUUCACAAAGAAAGGAUUUGAGCUCACGUUAAAACCCAAAACAGGAAUGGCCAUCAUCUUUGAGCAAGACAUUAAGGAACUUGAGCAUGAAGGUUUACCAGUGACAGGACCUUUGGAAACCUCUGAAAAGUAUAUCCUUCGUUCGGAUGUAUUUUACUCUCCAAUGAACUAA